AUGCUAACCCUAACCUCCAUAUUUGAGAGUGCCACUACUGGUGUUGGAAAAAGGAGUGGGAUGGAGAUGGACUCUUUUUUUGGGAUGAAUUUUAAGUACAGUGGGAGUGUCUCUUCUUCCACGAAAAGGAAGAGAAAAUUUCCUUUUCCUUCGGAUCGACAAAAGGAGCGUUAUGAAGACUGGGAUGCACUAAUCCUUACCACCCAUCAUGUGUUAAAACGGGAGAAAGUCUUGGUUCAAGCCAAGGAAAACUUGAAUUCUGGUACCGGAGAAGACAAAAUAAGUGCGCUACCUGAUUCACUUCUUUAUUAUAUUCUUUCCUUUAUUUCGAUUAAAGAUGCCGCCACCACAAGUAUCCUCUCAAAGAGGUCGAGACCACUUUGGCUCUCACAACUCUUCCUCAACUUGGAUGACGAACCAUUUCCAGACUCACUGACCUUUUGCAAUUUUGGAUAUUCACUCAUGGCCAUGCGAGAUAUCACUCUACCCAUCCUCUCUUUCCAUCUUGAAUGUUGGAACUACUACGAUUGCAGGGAUAUCUCCGAGGAUAUCUACAAAUUUGUUAAUAUAGCAAUUCAAAGAGGAGUUGAGAACCUCAACAUUGACUUCUCUAGCUCUCACUCACUUUUCUCCCGGAUGGCGCUGCCAUCUUUUGUUUUUAGUAGCAAAACAUUGUCAAUCCUUAAAUUGAAACAGAUAACCUUAAAUGAAGUUACAUGCGUUAAUCUUCCAUCUCUCAAAGCCCUUUACUUGGACGUUGUCACUUUCACAUAUUAUGAAUAUAUUUUGAAGCUUUUAUCAGGAUGUCCCAUUCUACAAGAUUUGGGAGCAAAUGAUUUACGAGUAGAGUUACCUUAUUCAGAGGGACGAGUUAUAAGUUUGUCCAAUUUGAUCAGAGCAAAUAUCUGUGACAUUCAUAUUGAGUUUGAUUGGCUUCAAAACGUAGAGCGUCUGCGUGCAACCGUGCUCAUGGAGAAGCUUCCCUAUACAUUUGAACGCAUUGCCAUGUUUCACAAUUUAACAUACUUGGAGCUUAUCAUCAAUUAUCAACAUUUUCCAAGGGCAUGGAUGUUUAAUGGUAUGAUAAGUUGCUUGAAUAUUGUCCCAAACUUUAAAGUCUUAUCAUUGAUGAGUUUGUGUUUUGUAAAAUUUGCUGCAUUAGUGGAAACGGGAUCUACUUCUUCUGUCCAAGAGGAGGUUGAUCACAUAAAUGAAAACAGUGAUGAAAAUUUAGAAGCAAAUAUUGUUCAAGCAGAUGAGGAACCUAGGAUUGGGAUGACAUUUAGUUCUGAAGAAGAAGUUAUCAAAUAUUACAAGAGCUAUGCUAGAUGUAUGGGUUUUGGAACUGUUAAAAUCAAUUCAAAAAAUGCAAAGGAUGGAAAAAAAUACUUUACUCUAGGAUGUACUCGUGCAAGAAGCUAUGUGAGUAACUCAAAGAACCUUUUGAAACCAAAUCCUACCAUAAGAGCACAGUGUAUGGCUAGAGUAAAUAUGUCUAUGUCUUUAGAUGGAAAAAUUACAAUUACAAAAGUUGCUCUUGAGCAUAAUCAUGGAUUAAGCCCGACAAAAUCUAGAUAUUUUAGAUGCAAUAAGAAUUUGGACCCUCAUACAAAAAGGAGGUUAGAUAUUAAUGAUCAAGCUGGUAUUAAUGUAAGCAGAAAUUUCCGAUCUAUGGUUGUUGAAGCAAAUGGAUAUGAUAAUCUUACAUUUGGAGAAAAAGAUUGUAGAAAUUACAUUGACAAAGCAAGACGGCUUCGACUUGGGACAGGAGAUGCUGAAGCUAUUCAAAACUAUUUUGUCAGAAUGCAAAAGAAAAAUAGUCAAUUUUAUUAUGUGAUGGAUGUGGAUGACAAAAGUCGUUUGCGAAAUGUAUUCUGGGUAGAUGCGAGAUGUAGGGCUGCUUAUGAGUAUUUUGGUGAAGUCAUAACUUUUGAUACCACUUAUUUAACAAAUAAGUAUGACAUGCCUUUUGCCCCUUUUGUUGGAGUCAAUCAUCACGGUCAAUCAGUUUUGUUAGGUUGUGCCCUAUUGUCGAAUGAGGAUACGAAAACCUUUUCCUGGUUGUUCAAAACAUGGUUAGAAUGCAUGCAUGGACGUGCACCAAAUGCCAUAAUUACUGACCAAGAUAGAGCAAUGAAGAAGGCAAUUGAGGACGUCUUUCCAAAAGCUCGUCAUCGAUGGUGUUUGUGGCAUUUAAUGAAAAAGGUUCCGGAAAAGUUGGGUAGACAUUCUCAUUAUGAGUCUAUCAAAUUACUUUUGCAUGAUGCUGUGUAUGAUUCUUCGAGCAUAUCUGAUUUCAUGGAGAAGUGGAAAAAAAUGAUUGAAUGUUACGAACUGCAUGAUAAUGAAUGGUUGAAAGGGCUAUUUGAUGAGAGAUAUCGUUGGGUUCCUGUGUAUGUUAGAGACACAUUUUGGGCUGGAAUGUCAACUACACAACGAAGUGAAAGUAUGAAUUCAUUCUUUGAUGGGUAUGUGAGCUCAAAGACAACAUUGAAGCAAUUUGUUGAACAAUAUGACAAUGCGUUGAAAGAUAAAAUUGAAAAGGAAAGCAUGGCUGAUUUUGUUUCAUUUAAUACAACAAUUGCUUGUAUUAGUCUUUUUGGCUUUGAGUCUCAAUUCCAAAAAGCAUUUACCAAUGCAAAAUUCAAAGAAUUUCAAAUUGAAAUUGCUUCUAUGAUUUACUGUAAUGCUUUCUUAGAGGGAAUGGAGAAUUUGAAUUCAACAUUUUGCGUUAUAGAAAGUAAAAAGGUAUAUGAUAGAUUUAAAGACACAAGGUUCAGGGUAAUCUUCAAUGAGAAAGACUUCGAAAUACAAUGUGCUUGCUGCUUAUUUGAGUUUAAAGGCAUUUUAUGCAGACAUAUCCUUUGUGUUCUUCAGCUCACAGGUAAAACUGAGUCAGUACCGUCUUGUUAUAUUUUGUCAAGGUGGAGGAAGGAUAUUAAGCGGAGACACACACUUAUUAAAUGUGGGUUUGAUGGAAAUGUUGAAUUGCAACUAGUUGGUAAGGCAUGUGAUGCCUUUUACGAAGUUGUUUCUGUGGGGAUACAUACUGAAGAUGAUUUAUUGAAAGUGAUGAAUCGGAUCAACGAAUUGAAAAUUGAAUUAAACUGUGAAGGAAGUUCUUCUGUCAUUAUAGAAGAAGACAGUUUAGUUCAAAAUCAGAUGGCUAAAAUUCUUGAUCCUGCAACAACUCGAAGUAAAGGACGUCCUCCCUCAAAAAGGAAAGCUUCUAAACUUGAUCAAAUUGUGCAAAAGAAGGUUUUAAGAAAGAAAACUCAAAAUAGAAACAAUAAGAGUAACAAUUAUCUUAGCCAAGAAGAGGGUCUGUGUCUAUCUAGACUUCAAGAAACUGAAAAAGCUGAGUUUUCUACAUCUCAAAUCAUUGAUGGGAUUGGCACACAACAGAGAAUUCAAGCAAAUUUAGCUCCCUUCAAUCCAAAUCAAAAAUAUUUUGUUGAAGUAAAUCAGGUCCCAUACUAUUCUCAAAGCAUAAAUCAUAAUAUUACAUGUUCAGAACUUUUAGAGGCACAACACCAUAUGAUUGAUAAACCAUCAGAAUGAGGACAUGAAUGAACCACUUCUUUGGGAGAUGAGAGUUGAAGAUGAUUGUUGCAGACUUGCAGAAACUAUUUAAAUUUAUAGUGUUAAGUGAUUAAGAAACUACAUUUUACAUGUUAGGAUGGCAAUUGGAAUCUACAGCUUGUACUGUUAUUGAAUGUAGUAGAAACUAUUUAGCUUUAUUUUAUGUUAGAAUUAUAAUAUUUUGAUUUGGAUGAUUUUUAUGUUAUUGGUGUUGAAACAAUUUAGCUUCAGUCCCACUUUUGUUCUUUGCACAUUUUGGAGGUUUAUAUUUAUGUCUCUUUGAGUGGACAUGUUUGUUACUU